UGGCCCUGGACCUUCCAAUUCUUACCACAGAGCAGUACCCAAAAAAAGGAAUUUAUAUUUCUUCUCCUGCUUCAUUAGUUGUUCACAGCAGCACAGAAGAGUGAGUUCAUACCCUCACUCUCUCUCUCUCUCUCUCUCUCAAUAAAACCCUGCUUGUCUUUACAUUCCAAACCUUCAAAGAUUUCAGUGGAAAGCGCGUCAAAGUUUACUACUUUCAUGGGUUCUCUGUGUUGUUUUCUCUUCUAGUAUGCUGUACAAGUCUCGUAUCUAAUACCCUGAUCACGCUUUAGCAUUUACUUCCUCUGUUUCCUGUGGAAUUGAAUUUCCAAGAAAUGGCUCCAAACUCAGUCGUAGUUACAAUCGAGAAGCCUGAUAGCUCUGCACUAAAGGUUAAUGGCUUGGAUUCAUCUGUGUUUCUUGAGAAACAAAAGGCAGUGAGCACCAAGCAAUUCACAUGGGUUCUUCUUCUCAAAGUUAAUAGAAUAUUUGCUUGCCUUUCAUGGCUGCCAAUGGCAUUCAGGGCCAUGUUUGUUUCACUUAAAAAACGCAUUGCCUUAUCUGACAAGAGUGAUGAAGAGCCCAAAAGCAGAGGAAGGUUGUAUAGAUUCAUCAAAGCUUUUCUUGGUUUGUCAAUUGUAGCUCUGGUCAUUGAAGUCAUUGCCCAUUUCAAAAAUUGGAAUUUGAAUCUGAUUCAGCCUUGGGAGGUUCAGGGUUUGUUGCAGUGGUCCUAUAUGACCUGGUCGGCGUUCAGGGUUGACUAUAUUGCUCCUGUGGCUAUAAUUCUCUCUAAAUUCUGCAUUGUACUUUUUCUGAUUCAAUCUCUUGAUCGACUGGUUCUGUGUAUUGGAUGUUUCUGGAUCAAAUACAAGAAGAUAAAGCCCACAGUAGCAGCAGAUGCAUAUGACAUUGAAGAUUCUUCUACUUUCCCAAUGGUCCUUCUACAGAUCCCCAUGUGCAAUGAGAGAGAGGUGUACGAGCAAGCAAUUGAAUCUGCUUGUCAGAUGGAUUGGCCAAGAGACAGACUUUUAAUUCAAGUUUUAGAUGACUCGGAUGAUAGGAAUUUGCAGCUUUUAAUCAAAGACGAAGUCUCAACAUGGAACCAGAAAGGUGUCAACAUAAUCUACAGACAUCGGUUGAUCAGAACUGGUUACAAAGCAGGCAACCUUAAAUCAGCCAUGGGUUGUGAGUAUGUCAAAGACUAUGAGUUUGUGGCAAUAUUUGAUGCUGAUUUCCAGCCCAACCCUGAUUUCCUUAAGCUGACCAUUCCUCAUUUCAAGGGAAAUCCUGAAUUGGGGCUUGUCCAGGCCCGAUGGUCCUUUGUGAACAAGGAUGAGAACUUACUUACAAGGCUCCAAAACAUCAACUUGUGCUUCCAUUUUGAAGUGGAACAGCAAGUCAAUGGUGUCUUCCUCAAUUUCUUCGGAUUUAAUGGAACUGCAGGAGUUUGGAGAAUUAAGGCUUUGGAAGAAUCAGGAGGCUGGCUAGAGAGAACAACAGUUGAGGAUAUGGACAUUGCCGUUCGAGCACACUUGAAUGGAUGGAAAUUUAUCUUCCUUAAUGAUGUCAGAGUCCUUUGUGAAUUACCAGAGUCUUAUGAAACUUACAAGAAGCAACAGCACCGCUGGCAUUCGGGUCCUAUGCAGCUCUUCAGAUUGUGUCUUCCUGCUAUCUUAACUUCCAAGAUAUCAAUGUGGAAGAAGAGCAACUUGAUAUUUCUUUUCUUUCUUUUGAGGAAGUUGAUUCUUCCCUUUUACUCAUUCACAUUGUUCUGUAUCAUACUUCCAUUGACCAUGUUCUUGCCUGAGGCUGAACUGCCUCUUUGGGUAAUUUGUUAUAUCCCCAUUUUCAUGUCCUUUCUAAACAUUCUUCCAUCCCCAAAAUCUUUCCCUUUCUUGGUUCCAUACCUACUGUUCGAGAACACAAUGUCUGUCACAAAGUUCAAUGCCAUGGUUUCUGGGCUAUUUCAGCUGGGAAGUUCUUAUGAGUGGGUGGUGACAAAGAAGACUGGAAGAUCAUCUGAAUCAGAUUUGUUAGCCCUUGCUGAGAGGGAAUCACUGUCUUCAAAUGAAGAGAAGAUCCUAAGGAGGAACUCUGAGUCUGGUUUGGAAUUGUUAAAUAAACUCAAGGAACAAGAAGUAGCCCCCAUCCCCAAGAAGAAGAAGCAAAAUGGGAUCUACAGGAAAGAGCUUGCGCUUGCUUUUCUGCUACUCACUGCAUCAGCCAGAAGCUUCUUAUCAGCACAUGGAGUUCACUUCUAUUUCUUGCUUUUCCAAGGGCUGUCAUUUCUUGCUGUGGGGUUGGACUUAAUAGGUGAGCAGAUGGGCUAAAACCCUAAAACAAAACAAAAGUGCAAUUUCCCCAUAGUUAUUUUUGACAGCUAUGUUGAACCUUAAGGACAGAUUUGCAGCUCUUGGUGUUCAAAGUUGAAUUCAUUUACAUGUAGAAACAUUUCCCAUUUCUUAGAAAGAAGGUAAGAAUUGAGUUAAUUGUACAA